CUCUGGUCAUCUCCUGUACUAUGUCCGCAAUCUCUGGUCAUCUCCUGUACUAUGUCUGCAGUUUCUGGUCAUCUCCUGUACUAUGUCUGCAAUCUCUGGUCAUCUCCUUUACUAUGUCUGCAAUCUCUGGUCAUCUCCUGUACUAUGUCUGCAGUCUCUGGUCAUCUCCUGUACUAUGUCUGCAGUCUCUGGUCAUCUCCUAUACAUCCGCAGUCUCUGGUCAUUUCCUGUACUAUGUCUGCAGUCUCUGGUCAUUUCCUGUACUAUGUCUGCAGUCUCUUGUCAUCUCCUGUAGUACAUCCGCAGUCUCUGGUUAUUUCCUGUACUAUGUCUGUAGUCCAUUAGUUCAGAAUAUUUUUUUUCUUGUUUUCCUCCUCUAA